AUGGUAGUAGUAGCUGGCAGUAGUGGUAAAGGGGUGGUAAGAGAUGAUGGUUGGUGGUUGGUGGUGUGGUGGUGGAGCGAAGGGAGAUUAGGUGGUGACAAGUUGUGUACUGGUAGAGUAGAUGAAGUGGCAGAUGGUGAAAGAGAGGUAAUGACGGGGCUCUACACUCUGCAUCAAACCCAGCUAGGGGAUUGUAUUGAUUGUCCUUUUUUCUACAUUGGGGUCACAAAAAGAAGGAAAUGCUCUGUGGGUUUGGAGAAGGUGAGAUGGGUAACAUCCUUGGUAUUCCAUGAAGUAACAGGUACCAAACUUGUCGUUUUGACUGGAGCUGUAAUAAGCGUAGAAUGUGGAAUUCCUGAUUCUAGAAGCCCAAAUGGAGCUUACAGUUCUGGCUUCAGACCAAUUACCCACAAGGAGUUUCUUUGUUUAACCCGGGCCAGAAAGCGGUAUUGGGCGAAGAUCUAUGCAGGAUGGAGACGCUUCACUGCAGCACAGCCUGGUCCAACUCAUAUUGCUUUGUCAUCUCUUGAAAAAACCAGCUGGAUAAAUUUCAUGAUUACACAAAAUGUUGACAGGUUACACCAUUCUGCUGGUAGCAACCCACUUGAAUUACAUGGAACUAUCUAUAACGUAGUUUGUAUAGAUUACAGUUUUUGUUGCUACCGUCAAUUGUUUGAAGAUCAAUUGAAGGCCCUGAAUCCAAAGGUUAGUCUCUUGAUGUAUAACUUAUUGAUUCAGAAUAAUGACUAUAUAAUGUAUUUCCUUGAUACCAUAUGUUACAUUACAGUAUUUAUCUAUCAGAGCUCAAGAAGAUUUGUCAUGGAGUUUUGA